AUGCUGCCCACACCAGAUACCUCCCACGUUCCGUUUGAGCGUGUGUACGAGCCAGCAGAGGACUCGUACCUCCUCCUGGAUACCCUCUCAGCCUCGUCAGAAACCUCAUUCCUCACAUCACGCUUUGGCGGCGAAACAUCAUCAUCAUCAUCAAAGUCAAGACCGGCAGCCCCACUGGUAGUCGAAAUCGGCACCGGCUCCGGCGUCGUGAUAGCCUUCCUCGCCGCCCACGCAGCAACCCUCUUCGGCACACCCACCGUCCUCACCGCAGGCAUCGACCUAAACGGCCACGCCUGCCACGCCACAACCUCCACCGUCCGCCGCGCCGUCGCCGACAACCCGUCCACGGCCUCCCCUCCCUCCCUCUGGCUCGGUGCCUCCCUGGGCGACCUCACGACCCCGCUGCGUCCGGCAAGCGUCGACGUCCUCGUCUUCAACCCGCCCUACGUCCCGUCCCCGGAGCUCCCCGCGCAGUCUUCAGCCACGCUCGUCGCGGACGCCGGCACAAAGACGACGUUUGACGAGGACUCGUAUCUGCUUUCACUGUCGUACGCGGGCGGGCGGGACGGUAUGGAGACGACGGAUCGGUUGAUUGAGGCGCUGCCUGGGGUCUUGAGCGCGAGGGGGUGCGCUUACAUUCUGCUGUGUGCGCAGAACAAGCCGGACGAGGUCAAGGGUCGGAUUGAAGGGUUCGGGGGCGGGUGGAAGGCUGUCACGGUUGGGGAGAGCGGGAAGAAGGCUGGGUGGGAGAAGUUGCAGAUCAUUAGGGUGUGGAGGGAGACAGAGAUGGAGGAACAGUCUACAUAG